AUGGCUGAGCAGCCCAUCCCAGAGGCAGCCCUGCUAGCCCAGGUGCUGGCUGCAGCCAACUCUGAAGCCCCUUCACUCCGCACUACAUGCCGUGGGUCCCAGCCCGCAGCGCGGGGCACUGAGGACAGCAAACCACCCGCGCUGCUCUCCCGCCGCAACUCCAUCCUCAGCCGCCGCAGCUCAUUCGGGAUGGUCCCGGGGAGCAGGCGUCCCUCCCUUGGCCCCUGGAUGCUCCACAGACGUGUUAGCUUCUCUGGGCUCCCAAUUUUCCAGCCCAUCCUCAAGACCCGUCUGGAAAACACUUACAGAAUGGGACCAGACAAAGGCUGCGAGUUUGAUGCACAGCGGGUGCAGAGGGUGCUGGAGGGCACCCUGGCCCAUGCCUUGGGGAGCAGUGUAUACAGUCCCCAGGGCAAUGGCCCACUAGCCCAGAGCCUGACUGAGCUGCUGCAGAACCAGGCCAAGGAGGUGGUGCCACCCCGCUACAAGCUGGUCUGCCACGUGGUGCUGGGCCAGCAGGGCCAGCAGAGCCUCUUGGUGGCCAGCCGGGGACUAUGGGACCCUGAGACUGACAGCUUUGCCUCUGCCACCUUCUCCAACGCCUCCCUCUUUGCUGUAGCCACAGUGUAUGGGGUCUACUUCGAGUAG